AUGGCUGAAAAAGUCCAUCAAACUCCCCCCAAGCCUUCGGAAAUUCCUUCCGUGGAAAAAUUCCACGCCGAAAGCAAUACUAAAGAGGCCCCUGCUUUUGGCAGGUCUCUAAAACUAGACCGCACUCCUGUUAAAGGUGCCAAGCCUCAUACCCUUGCCAAACCAGACCGCCCCAAGGACCCCAAAAAGGGCAAAAAAGAUAAAGAUAAGGAGAAAAAGUCUGGCAACUCAACAGGGGGCGACUCAAAGCCCCAAGACAAGACCAAAACUUCCAUCUCGCCCAACAUCGAGGAAGCCAUUGCCAAACUGCACUCCAAAAAUCUUUUUCUAGAGCCCAAAAUCCAAAGCCAUGAGGAAAUCCGCCUCCAACGGGAAAAUGCCAGACUCAUGGGCAUGGUGGAGAGUCUGACUGCCCAACUUUCUACUCAAUCUACCCAAAUCACUUCUUUACAAAAGCAAAUAGAUAUUCUUAACUCAAAUAUAAUAUCUCUCACUCACACGGCCCAAGACAGGAGAGUAACCUCCCCUGCUAAAACAACGAGCCCGACCGCUGAACUUAUGGACCACAUUGCUACUCCUACAUCUUCGGCUCAUGCCUUUAAUUUUCCUCCUCUGCCUCCACCCCAGGCUCCCGCUCUACCACCUACGGUUACCAACCCUACAGUUCAGGUAUCAAACUACAUCCCCCCCACGGCCAAACCCCCCCCAGCUUUUGUCAAUCCUACCCAGCCAAAAAACACUCCUGGCCCAACCAACUACUCCGCCCCAGCCAAAACAACGGUAACCCCAGAACCAUCAACAUCUGCAGGUCCCCAAGUGCAACCCCAACCCAAGCAGGACAAAAUCCCCCCAAUUAUCCUCAGACAAAAAUCUCGGUGGACCAUGGUAUCUGGGGCCAUAACCAAACUCGGUUUCUCUUUUUCAAAAGCCGUCAAUACUCAAGACGGUCAAAUUUUUUCCUGUCACCAGCGACGACUACCGCGGCAUAACGAAAUUCCUCUCUGA